AUGGACGAUCCGCGCGGCGGCGCGGCGGCGCGGGCGCCGACGUCCGCCUCGCUCGAGCGAUACCGACACUUGUACAUUCGUCAUGUGUGGAAGAUGCAGCGUAUAUCACACAUGAGAUGCCCCACCGAUCCAGCGUGGGCCUGGUGGGCUGCAUGGACGCCCGACGAGCGCGUGCGCUUCUUCCGCGCGUUGGGCCGGCACUCGCGCCAGCGGCCAGAUUUGGUGGCCCAGGACGUGCACACCAAAUCUCUGAUUGACGUCACGAGGGCGAUCCGCGCUUUUGACCAGCAGGUGCGCCGCGUGAAGCGCGCGGAGCGCCACGAGCUGUCUCGCGAGGCGCGGCGCCACCGGACUCUGUCGAUAUGCCCUGCGGCCCGGGAGCUUUCCGACGCGUGGGUGCAAUGGGAAGACGCACAUGCACAGAUCCUAGCACAGCGCGUCGAUCCGCGCGCUGAGCCGUCGUCGCAGCCCAUCUCUGUGGCUGAGCAGGUGUUCCACAUCGCGUGGUUCCUCUACCACGCCCGCCCAGCAGCCCUGCGCCAGGGGCGCAGCACAGACAGCUCAGAGACGCUCUAUAGUGUCCUAGGGCGCCUUUUGAAGCUAUCCAAGCGCACAGACACUCUGGACGAUGGGCCUGUCGACAUGACGGAGGCGUACGUCGCUUGGGCGCGGCAGUACCCUGUGCCGCCGCUCUCGGACCGUGCCGAUGUGCAGCGAGUGCUUCGCCAGCUCUUGGACCGAGAGUUCAUCGCGUGGAGCGAUCCUGCACAUGCUGUUACGGAUUGGGACGCGCCGCUCCCGCUCGAUCGCUCCGUCGUGUGGAUGGAUGCACAGUGCUGCCCGCCGCUGCGCCAUGACUUGCACGAAGUGCUGUCGAUGCCCGCGCUCGAGCGCCAGCAUGAGCCGGGGCAGAGUGUGCCUUACGCGACCUUUGCGGGUCUCGCGCACGAGCUGUAUGCAUUCCUCGUGCCGCUCUUGUACGACGUGAUCACCGUGGCUGAGCGCAGCCAUCCGCACUCGAGCAUUGACGAGGCAGCCAUCUGGGCCGCCGUAGCGCGGCGUGGCUGCCUGCCGCCUAUGGAGGCGUCUGCAACGGAGGAGGAAGAGGCGCCGCCCACGGGUCCCCUAGGCCUCAACCGCGAUCUGCUGGAUACCAUGGCGCAGAUCCGUGCCGUGAUGGACCCGCCCGUGGCCUGGCUGCAUCGCCCGCCGUCGCACACGCCUGGCCUUUUGCACAGUGGGCGCGAGCGCGUUGCCGAGACAUUCGACGAAGCGAGCGAGACCAGUGCCAGCUCGCUCUCUGACUCGUAUGAGACCGACUCGUUUGUCACAGCACACAGUGACGGUGAGGGCGACGCACACCCAACGCAGCUGGGCGCGUUCCGCACGCUUGUGCCGUACGAGUUUGCGCAGGGCUCGCCGAGUCCACCUGCCGUGACGACCUGCGAGCGAGCCGAAGCGGCGAGCCCGCGAGCCGAGUCGCCCGACUCGCCGACCGAGGUCGACGGCGCCGACGAGGCGAUGGACGGCGCGGACGCAUCGCGCGACGACACAUAUGAGGAACGGCUAUGGCGAGAAUGGUUUGCGUAG